UCAAGCGACAUUCGUUAACUUUCUGAUCUUCUUCACUAUACACCAACACUGAUAACGGAAUGCGUGCAUCCUGAUUCAUUGAUAAGGCAGGAAAGCUUACAAGACGGACUGUGAUUGAAACAAGACUGGCAGCAUUGCAUUCAUCUCAAACUUUUUCAUCUAAUCUUCAUCAUGCCGCCAACGAAGAGACAAUUGUCUUCCUAUUCAAAGGAUGGAUCGCCUAUAUCUCCUACUGACAUCAAAGGAUCUCAAUUUGAAGAUGAUAACGGCUUUGGAUCGACAAAAGGUGAUGUGAAGCCACAAAAAGCAUGCGUACAAUGUAGAAGGUCAAAAGUCAAAUGUGUACAUGAAGGAGGUCCGCCUUGUCGAAGGUGCACGGACACAAAGCAAGAAUGCAAAUUUCGAUUACGGGCAGAUGACGAGACAUGGAGAGAAAGAACAGAUGAAAGAUUGGACAAGCUCACAAUGGCCGUUGAGACCCACAUCCUGAGAAGUGCGUCAUCUGCGCCCCAACAGCCGGCGCCGUCUAAUCGUCCGAUCUUGCCAGUGAGGAAUGCAUCUGCACCUGGCUUUUAUACCCACCAUCAUCCAUUCUCUCCAGGUCACCAUCCUCCCCCUCUAUCAACUUUUGGCACUGCGAUGCCUUCACCUCACCUUCCAAAUCGUUUUGCCACCAUGAAUGGCUUACCUCCUCUCAAUUCUCCUCAUUCUGAUCCUCCCGUUCACAUUUUGAAUUCUCCCAAUCAUGAUCUCAAUGGAUCACAUGAUGCACCGUCUCCAGGAUACAAUCGUAGGCUCUUGCCAAGAAAGCGUGAAUCGUCUUCUUUUGAUGUAGAAGCUCAUCAUCAUCCAUCACCACAAACUCCCUCUCAAUCGGGCAGAGUUCGCAGUAAUAGCACACAACGUAUGCCACCGCCUUUGCCACCGAUGACCAUGAACGCUGACCAAUGGGUGCCUCCUCCCAUGCUUUCUCAAUUGGCGUAUAGACGUUCACCUGUUUAUAUUCCUGACUUGUUCGCUACACCAAGAUGGACGUCAGCACAGCCGAAAAAUUAUUCCAAAGCCACAUCAACGAUAGGUGCUUCAGAUCCUCGUUUUUCGGUGAUUAGGAUGGGAUUGAUUACGAUGGACAAAGCCAAAUCUUUAUUCAUCUCUUUUGCGGACAAGCUCCAACCGCAUUCUUUUGGUUUUCCUACUUAUCCAGCAUCAGAGGCUAUGACACCGGUCAUCAUUGCGGCCAUCUUGACUGUUUCAUCUCUUUUUGAACCUUCUUCACGGCUUUUGCAUGACUCUCUUCGCAAGACAUUCUUUAAUGAGUACGUAAAAUUGGAACAAGAGGUACACUUGGAUACACCGCUUGAUCCCGAAUUGGGCAUCGGUGUCGAAGAAAUCACUGGAGGAUGCAUUGCAUCUGCUUGGCUUGGUGGCGAGCUUGGAUGGAAAACGGCAAGAAUGACGAGAUGGUGGGCGAUCGGUUAUCUGAAACAUUUUGAGAUUGCUGAACGUAAUGUUACGAUCGGAGAACGUUUUGAUAUGCUUCCACCAUUUCGUCAAAUCGAUUAUGUGGACAAAUUACGAAUCUUUUUGGCUGCUUAUGUAGCAGAAGCGCAACAAUCGUUCAUGUUAGACCGUCCAACUUUGAUUCCAGAUGCAAGUCCAACGGCAUACGUUGAUGCAUUGCGAAAUGCACUCAAUGAUUACGUACCCGCUUCACCGGCCAGUGCUAACGGAAUGGAUACUCGCGGUAGUAUGACAGGUGGAUCGCAAAAAGAUAUACAUACCCCGGAUCGUCAAUUGACUGGUCAUGCCAGCAUUCUAUAUAUCCUGUUGGAAGCUCAAAGGUUACAGCGAGAAACACGAUGGGCAAUCUCAGCAGAAGAAAGUCGUUUAGCAACUUAUGGGCAUAGUCCAAAUGGUGUCGCGGUGAAUUAUGCAACCGUGAACGAAUGUGUUGAUCGAAUGAUUCAUAUCUGGACUAGUUGGAUGGAGCAAACGGAACACUGGUACAAGGAGGCUGCCAAGUUGGAAGACUUGUCAUCCAAUACUGCAUCAGCGUUGGAUUUGUCAUUGACGCAUCGUCUCGUCAACGCAUAUCUUGGCUCAUUGGCAUACAAUCCAGAAUAUCAUGCCAAUGCGGCAGUCGCACGUGCGGCAUCAAAAGAUCCUCGAUUGCUUCACGUCCAAACGAGAAUGAUCAAGAUGGCAAUGGUCGAAGCAUUUGAGGCAUUGGAAUCAAUCAUCAUGAAAUCGAGAUUUCGUGAUCGAUUGAUCUAUUUGCCAAAUUUUUAUCAUUUCUUACUCGUUAAUUCAGCUAGCUUUCUCUUACACGUACUUCACGAUAAGAGUCUCUUUUUGAGAGAAGGAAAAGCAAAAUCCAUCCUUGAAAUGGUCGAACAAUUUACGCAAUUCUAUGUUUCUGAAUUGACCAACCUGAACCUCGAUUCAACUCCAGGUUCUAGCGGACACUCAUCAAUGACAAGUGCACAAGCAUUAGCUCGUGCUUGUCACGAUUUCAAAUCUCAAAUUGUAACACCCUGAAACUUUUUCAAACACAAAAAGCUUCGUUUUCUUCACACAUUCUCCUCCCUCUUAACCGUUUGUAUCAUAUCGUGUAAUAUCAAAAUUUCAUCAUUUCUGUACAGUUAUCCUACAAAGAUUGAAUGUACAUUUCUAUU